AUGGCGAAUUUCGCAGCUCAUUCGCCUUUUUACUCGCCGUCAGAAUUGCCGUUUUUCCCGCGACUCGACGGCGUGACGCUUCUCCGUCGAUUUCUUAGAGAAAGCAGUCGACUGCUGGGGGAAAGCAGCGGAAAUGGAGGCGAAAGCAGCGAGUCGAGCGUGGAUCUGUCCUCGUCGAUGCUUUACACUCCGACCUUCUUGACCGCUGCUGUGGCGGCGAUUAUUAUCAUCGUGUCGCUGCUUUUUGAACGGCUUAUUUAUCUCAUUCACAGAUUCCUGGUUCGGAAGAAACGAGCAGCUCUCGUGGGGGUGAUGCACCGCAUAAAAGACGAGCUGAUGCUGGUGGGGUUCAUCUCCAUCGUGCUGUCUCUCAUCGACCCCCUCAUAGUCCAAUGCUGCAUCGCCAUCCCCCGCAACACCAUCUUCAUCCCAUGCAAGCCCCCGUCAUCCACGUCCUCCUCCUCUCCCUCCUCCUCUCCAUCCUCUCACUCCGCUCCCACCGGAAGCUCCUCGGAAGGUUCCGCCGCAUUGUCCUCUGCGCCGCCCACCUCCGAGUCUGCGCCAGCUGGCGCUACAGCGCACCUGGGGCUGUCAGAUGGGAGGCAUCUGCUGUCUGGUUGGCACGGGUUCGGUGGGCGGCAUCUUUUGGACGCAUUGAUGCAGGGGAUGCAGCAGGCAGAGCACCAUGGUGGUUACCACCACCAUGGGUACCUUGAGGAUGGUUACAACAAUUGGGGCGGUUAUCAUCCUCAUGGUGGUUACCACCAUCAUGGUGGUUACCAGCACAAUUAUUACCAUCACAUGAGCAGGAGGGUGUUGUCCAGUUCAGAGAACACGGUGAAGAGCCCUUCAUGUCGCCGUCGGGAAUACAUCAACUGCAUAUCUUCAUCUUCUUCCUGCGCUUCCCUGCUCUUUCUCUCACAACGCCCCCCACCCCAUUUCCUUCCUUCCGUCCUCCCUCACCCGUCCACCAGGGCGAGGAGCCCUUCAUGUCGCCAUCGGGAAUACAUCAACUGCAUCUCUUCAUCUUCUUCCUCGCCCUUGGUCACAUCCUCUACUCCUGCAUCACCAUCAUCAUCGCUCACAGACGGCUGGGAGGCAGAGGCACUCAAGAAGUCGCUUGAGAUGGAAACUGUGCCUGUGUCAGGUCAACUGACCCUCGCGCUACAAGACUCGGCCUUUCAGCAGCGUCACGGCGCGGAUUUCACAGCAUCCUCUCGCCACCCCCAUACCCCCCGCACUCCCCACACCCCUCGCACCCCCGGCACCCCCCACUCUCACACCUUCUCCGGUCCCCUCUUCCACUCCUCCCGCUUCUUUCGCUCCGGCCCUCUCACUCCCUCCACCACCCCUUCCGUCGCCCAGCGCUCCCAAAGCAUCUCACACCACAGCGGCGGCGGUGGCGCCUCCUCCUUUCUCUCCCGCCUCCCGUCCUUCUCCUCCUCCUCCUUCCGCAUUCCCCACUCCGCCCCCCCCGUCCCCUUGUCCAAAUCCCCGCUGCCGGUGACCCGCAGCCAAACCCACGAGCUGCCAACCCCCUCCUCCUCCUCCACCUCCCCCUCCCCCCGCUCCUCCUCCUCCUCACUCUUUCCGUUCUUUGGCACUUGGCACCCCACAGCCUACGCUCAGAUGACUAGAAAAACACCGCCCUCCCCGGGUCUGGAUAAGAUUGAAAUGGCGCGUGGGGGAGGAGGGAAGAAGGUUCAGGAGUCUGCUGCUGGUACUGGUGAUGGUGAUGGUGAUGGUGAUGGUGAUGGUGAUGGUGGUGGGGUUAAUUCUAGCCCUACCCCUGUGUCCACUGCUGCUACUGCAGCAACGACUCGUCCUGUUACUCGAACGGUCCUUCUUUCUCCUUCGUCUUCUUCUGUUUUCGCUGCUGCUGCUGGUGAUGCUGUCGCUUCUGUGUCUGUUUCUUCGUCGUUUGAGUCCCCUGCUGCUGCAGCUGGAGGUAAACAUACGGAGGGCGAGGGAGGCGGGGGAGGAGUGGGGGGUAUUGGUUAUGUGAACCCUAUGGAUAGCUUAUUAACGAGGAAAAGGGAGGUGCAUUUUACUCCAAGCACAAAGGGGAGCAGCAGGAGCAAUUUAGAUGGUAGCUACAGUGCUGAUUGCGAGGGUGGCGAUAGUGAGACCAAUGGUACUGAGUAUGGAGAGAGUGAGUGUGAAGGGAGAGAGGGUGAAGGGAGUGAGGGUGAUGAAGAUGCAUUUGAGCUUGAUGAGUAUGAUGAGGUGGUUGCAUGGGCAGAUGGAAUGGUUGAGAGCGGUGGGGAGGCUGGGGAGGAUGGUGGGAUGGAAUGGGAGGUCGAGGAAAUUGCAGCGGUGGAGGUAGAGAGGGUGAGGAGGGAGGGGGGUGAUAAGGGAACGGGAGGGAACAGGCAUCCAAGUAGGAAGAACGUGGGAGGAGGAGGAGGAGGAGGAGGAGGAGGGGGAGGAGGAGGAGGAGGAGGAGGAGGGGGAGGAGGCGGAGGGGAAGGAGGGGCAGUCAAACCCAUCGUCCUCCCUGCUCCCCUGCUCCCUUGGUCACCUGCGCCCCUGCGCUCCUGCUCCCCUGCACCACUGCUCCCUUGUUCCCCUGCCUCCCUGCUCUCCUGCUUCCCUGCUUCCCUGCUUCCCUGCUUCCCUGCUCCCCUGCUCCCCUGCACCCCUGCUCCCCUGCUCCCGUGCCUCUCUGUGCUCUUUGCCCCCGCCACCUCACAACAGAAUGCAGCAAUACAGCAGAUACUGUCGCCUAUCACACAACUCGACUACACCACCCUGCGCCUCGCCUUCAUCCACAACCACGGCCUCCCCAAAGACUUCAACUUCCAUGCAUGUGUGCUGCGGGCAUUGGAAAAGGACUUCAUCAGCAUGGUUGGCACCACUUGGUACAUCUGGCUUUCAGUCAUCGCCAUCAUUCUCACCAGCAGCUACGUGUGGGACGACUCAAUCAUCAUUGCAGUUCUCGGCUUCCUGCUGUCCCUGGCAGUGGGCACGAAGCUUGAGUUUGUUAUGGCACAGCUGGCUCUGGAGAGCGCACAUGUCAAGGGGACGGCCACAGGCGCGCACUUAAAGCCCCGCAACUCCCUCUUCUGGUUCCACCGCCCUCGCCUGCUGCUGCACAUCAUGCACUUCGCGCUCUUCCUGAGCUCAUAUGCUUUGGGAAGCCUCUUCUUUUACUUGUACCUCCUGGCAAACCAUCAACAAUGCAACUCGGCGCCCAAAUGGCUGCCCGGCCUCAAGUUUGCAGUCAUUCUUCUCACUCUCCUCAUUACCAGCUUCGCUUCGCUGCCUCUCUACGCACUCCUCACACACAUGGGCAGCAAGCCAAGAGGAGCCAUCGUAUCGGCACACGUGCUGGCAAGACUCAGGUCGUGGCGAGGCAGGCACAAGCAGAGCGAGUCCCGAUGGGGCCAGGCGCUUGUGAAAGUUAAAGCCCAGACUCCAGGUGAAGGGGAAGCGGAGUAG